CAUAAUUUUCACCUUCUUGUGAUAUCAUCCACACACACACUCUCAGCCACACCAAACACUCUCGUCUCUCUAUGGCCGACGAGGAACGCCGCCAACAACACAACAGCGGCCACCAUGAGGCCCAUAAGGGCCACCGCAGCCACCAUUUCCUGGUGGUGGCACACGGAAUCCAAAGCCACGUGAACCCCGGACGCGCCCUUGUUCACCGUCUCACGCGGCUCAGCGUCGAUGGCUCCAUCCUCGCCACGCUCUCCGUGCCGAUUCAUACCCACCGCCGCAUGUUCCCCUCACUGGAUGGCGCCGAGGAGACCACCGACGGCGUCAUCACAUACGUCCCCCACUCUGAUGGCCUCGACGACGGCUCCACGCCCAAGGACGCCGAGGGCACGGCGCGCAGGCGACGCGCGAGCGCCGAGAGCCUCUCCGCCGUUGUCACCCGCUUCGCGGCCCGUGGCCAGCCGGUGACGUGCAUCAUCUGCACGAUGGUGCUUGGCCCGGUGCUCGACGUCGCACAGGAGCACGAUAUCCCUCUAGCCUUUUACUGGACCCAGCCGGCUAUCGUUCUUGCCGCCUACUACCACUACUUCCAUGGCCACGGCGAGCUCAUCGCUUCCCAUGCCGCCGACCUGGCGUACGAGGUGAGCUUGCCUGGGCUAAGCCGUCCUGUCCGGAUACGGGACUUCCCGUCCGUGUUGGUCGACACGACAGGAAGCGAGCUGGCCAAGGCCAUCAACGAAAUGGUUCGAGAACUGUUCGAGCACAAGAACCAAUGGCGGCCUAAGGUGCUCGUGAACACGUUCGACGAGUUGGAGGCGACCGUGCUCGCGGAGGUGAAGCGGCACUUGGACGUGUUUGCCGUUGGUCCCAUGGUUGGGUCCUCGACGGAAGCGCGAAUCCAUCUGUUCAAGCACGACGACGCCGACAAAAAGAGGUACAUGGAGUGGCUUGGAGCUCAGCCGGAGAUGUCAGUGGUGUACGCCUCGUUUGGGAGCGUAUCAAAGUACAGCAAGCAACAGAUCGAUGAGAGAGUUGCAGGGCUGCGGCAGUGUGGGCGGCCAUACCUGUUGGUCGUGCGCAAGGAUGGACUCGAGGAGGAUGCAGGCCACUGCUUGGAGACUGUCCAAGACCAAGGGAUGGUGGUGGAGUGGUGCAACCAAUUGGAGGUCCUAUCGCACCCAGCCGUGGGGUGCUUCGUCACGCAUUGUGGGUGGAACUCAACAAUGGAGGCCGUGGUGUCGGGCGUUCCAAUUGUUGGUGUCCCAAACAUGUUCGACCAGCCAACGAAUGCAUACUUGGUGGAGGAGGAGUGGGCGAUUGGCACGAGAGGGGAGCGUAACAGCGACGGCGUUUUAACUGGCACGGAGUUGGCAAGGUGCAUCGAGUUGGUCAUGGGUGAAGGUGCCAAAGCAAUGGCGGUAAGGGCAAGAGUAAAGGCUUUGAAAGGGAUAGCGCAGGAGGUAGCAGAUGAAGGCGGGCGUGCUGAGAGAAACCUUCGAGAUUUCGUCACAGCAAUCUAAGAUCGUGAUACAGUUGGUGGCGCGAACAAUACCGUUCAGCGUGGCAAAAUAUAAUACCCGAUAAUAAUGAUAAUAAUGUGAUCUUCUAAACCGUUGCUCGGUUGGAUGAUUGGAAUCGUGGAUGCAUAGAUCUCGUUAAGACGAAUCCGUUUUGCUAUCUAAUGUCGAGUUUUGAUACUUAGUGAAUUCGUGAUGAAUCCAAUAA